AGUGAUUAUCUGACUGCUGAAUUGUGUUGUGUGGGGCUGCCUGCUUGCUUACCCAAAUCAGGGAAGAAUCUUUGUUCAGGAGAGCCAGCCUCGAGGAAGCACCCAGUGAAAAGCUGUGAGAUCUCACUUCAACACAAGAUCUGCCUUUGGGGCUGCCUAAAAGAAGAUGUCUUAUGGUUCCAUUGAUGGGAGUGCGUUUGGAAGCAGGAACACCUUUGGAGGGCUUUCAAGACAAGGAUACCAACCUCUAGCCACUCAGAUUGAUCCUAAUGAACUACAGGAGCUCUUUCAAGAAACGUCUGCAAGCAUCUUCCGGAUUAAUGCUAAUGUGACUUCUUUGGAAAGAAGCCUGAAAUCUCUCGGGACGCCCAGUGACACACCAGAGCUGCGAGAUGGGCUGCACACAUCUCAACAAGAGACAAACAGAACUAUCAAUACUUGCACCAACGCUAUCCGGCAGCUCUCCGAGACCAUCCGAGGCUCUUCUAGGCAAGAACGACUCCAGUUGGACCGACUGAAGAACCAGCUGUCUGAUGCCAUUCAGCGAUAUGGCACGAUACAAAAGAAAAUUGCAGAGAAGUCCAAAGCCUUGCUUCCUAAGGGGCAAAGAAACAGGAAGGCAAGUCCCAAAACCCCGUUUUCUGACCUGGCUGAUGAUGAGAAGAUCUUUAAUGGAGGCGAGAGUAUGUGGCCAGAACAGAACCAGGAACACGCCUUGCUCUCGGAAAUCACAGAAGAGGACGUGGAGGCAAUCCGCCAGAGGGAAGAAGCCAUACAGCAGAUUGAGAAUGACAUGUUGGAUGUUAACCAAAUCAUUAAAGAUCUGGCCUCCAUGGUGUAUGAGCAGGGAGACACAAUAGAUAGCAUUGAAGCCAACCUCGAGACGGCGUCUUCUAAUGUAGAAUCUGCCAACGAGCAAUUGGCUAAAGCCAGUCAGCACCAACGACGAGCCAGGAAGAUGAAGUGCUGUUUCAUCGCAACAGGUCUGGUUGUUCUCCUGGUUGUUGUCAUAAUCAUCACAGUUUCUGUCAAGCAUUGAACGCCCAGGGCCCCUGAUCGUGUCACGUCAUCCAGUGGGGACAGAAGCCAAAGAAGUUCCACAUUCAGGCCAUGCAUCCAUGUCAACUUUGCUAAAUAUAUUACAUUUUAAAAUGUUGUAGCCAAUAAACACUGCAAUUAUAAGAGAGGAAAAAUAAUCUUAUGGUUCCUACAGAUUAGUAAUUGGGACUGUGUUUCCGUCAGUUGAGGAACCAACAUAUGACCUUUGAAUAUGGAUCUUGCUUUUUCUUAAUGACUUUUUAUAAAUCCCGUCUUGUCCCAAACUGAAUUACAAUGUUAUGCUGAACUCCGGGGGGCUCUAAAAAUAGGAGGAGGGAGAUCUAUUGGGGAAAAUACCACAGUACACAUAAUAUUUUGAUCCACACAAAGGGACAAACUUGGAGAUAAAAUCUCAUCCACCCCACAUGGAUUACAUUGGCAUAUGCAAAAUCAUGUGCGUAUUUCUGGGGCCAAUGGGACCCACUGCCCCAUGCACACAGCUUACAUCUAGAGUUUAAGAAGAAUGUACAUACUUUUUAUUUUAAAAAUUACUAGAAUGUGGGAGAAUUGGGGGGGAAGCCGGGUGCAACAGGCAGUUCCAUCAGAUUCUGAAGGGUUCUUUUAAAAUGAAAAGUAGCCAAGGGAGGCUGAAAUCAGGGAUAGCAGAGAGAGAGCCCAUAUGUGUUUUCCUCCACACCUGGAAAAGCAGCUUGAGGAGGCAUCUUUUGAGCUGAAACACAAGAGUAGUGGGAAAAGGUAAAGUUGCCUGCCCCCACCCUUCCUCUGCUCCGUCUCAGUUUUCCCAGGUUUCUUUUUUAUUUUAAAAAAAAUACAAGAAAGCAUCCUAGAACUGUUUGUAAUGUGUUAUUUGGGUCUUUGUACAGCUGGCUUCACAGUCCCAGCAAUCAACAUUUCUUUAGACUAAAAUGAAGGGUGUACGAAAUCUCAGGUCUUUUUGUGGAAAUGUCAAACUUCUCAAAAUGCAGACAGGAGAUUUCAUUUUUGCACCCGGACAAGGUGACUAAAAAAACCUUUGGGGUACAUAGACCUCCCCCCACAGCAGCCUUUUGCCAAAAGCUUUCCUGUAUCAUAAUUUCAUAGAAUCAUAGGGUUGGAAGGGACCUCAAGGGUCAUCUAGUCAUCUCUUUCAUAAAUGCAGUCUGAACAAAGAGAGUUGUUCCAUCUCUUUGUUGGUGUGGAGCAGAUGUGCAAAUGAUUCAAUCACAUGAUAGCUUGCAGUACAGAUACCCGACAAUGUGUGCAAGUCUGCAAUCCAUUUGAUAGUGCAACUGGCUUCAGAGACAGGGAACAUUUUGCCACAUUCUUCAUCAAGAAAUUAAAGUGUCCGGGUGAGCCUAAUCUCAUCAGAUCUCAGAAGCUAAGCAGGGUCGGCCUUGGUUAGUAUUUGGAUGGGAGACCUCCAAUGAAGACCAGGGUAGUGGAGGCACAAAAUGGCAAAGCACCUCUGAUAGACUCCUGCCAUGAAAACCCCACCAGGAUUCACCAUAAAUCAACUAUGACUUGAGGGCACUCUCCACCACCACCAAUAAAACAAUCAGACAUACCUUUAGAACUAGAUACAGCUCAGUCCAUCACGAGAGAUCCUUGUGCAGAAACAUCAAACAUCAAGAUGCUUCACAAUGUUUCUCUAACUCCAUUGCACUGACAGCUUCCUUUUCGGGUGGGUGGUGGGGGUUAAAAGAUAAAACUCCUUUCUCCAUCCAAACUUCUAGUUCUUGUGUCUUUAAUUGCAUGUGACUGGGAUCGGAGGGUGAUUCAAA